GGGACGGUCCUCCGUGUCCGUGGAGUGGUCCGAGGGCGGCGCCGUCAAGGGCAAGGAGAUUGACCUUGAGGAUGUGAUAACAAUAAAUCCUGAGUUAUCAGAAGAGCAACCUGCUGCAGAUGUGAAAGAGAACCUUCCUUUGCAAGAAAAUGUAACUGUAAAGAAACAGAAGCGUAGAACAACCCUUUCAAAAAUUCCUGCUCCACGGGAAGUUGCAGCAGUGACACCUAAAGUCUCUGCACCUGAGCACAAGAUUCCAGCUGUUGCUGGCCGUACCAGGAUGUCUGUUAUCACAGAAUCUCAGUGCAGCCUCCAGGAAAAUGAGAUGGGGGUGGAUCCCUGCACUUCUAUACAAACCAGAAACAAUUCAUCAGUUCCUGCUGGCCGAACCAGGACUAGCAGGCUGAGCUGUGCUCCAGAAGUCUCACUGACAAAUGGAAAUGGAAAUACAGAGGAUCAUCUGCGUGCUGCUAGAAUGAGCUCUUCAGUGAGCCCAGUUCGGAGAGGAUCUAACAUUGUGAAAGAGAUGGAGAAGAUGAAAAACAAGAGAGAAGAAAAGAGAGCUCAAAUUAAUGAAAUCAGAACAAAACGUGCACAGGAAUUUGACAGCAGCUGCCCAAACUGGGAGUUUGCACGGAUGAUCAAGGAAUUCAGAGCAACUUUAGACUGUCAGCCAAUAUCUAUAACUGACCCAAUAGAAGAACAUAGGAUUUGUGUCUGUGUGAGGAAGCGCCCUCUCAAUAAACAAGAACUUCUAAAAAAGGAAUGUGAUGUGAUUACUGUUCCGAGCAAGUCUGUCCUGCUGGUGCAUGAGCCAAAGCAGAAAGUGGACCUAACAAAAUACCUGGAAACCCAAGCAUUUAGAUUUGACUUUUCAUUUGAUGAAUUCUCUUCUAAUGAAAUGGUGUACAGGUUCACUGCUAGACCUCUUGUAGAGACCAUCUUUGAGGGUGGGAAGGCAACAUGCUUUGCAUAUGGCCAGACAGGCAGUGGCAAGACACAUACCAUGGGCGGAGACUUUUCUGGGAAAGCACAGAAUGCCUCAAAGGGUAUAUACGCUUUUGCAUCACAAGAUGUCUUCCUCCUUCUAAACCAGCCCAGGUACAAGAGUCAGGACCUGGAAGUCUAUGUGACUUUCUUUGAAAUAUAUAAUGGAAAGGUGUUUGACCUCUUGAAUAAGAAGGCAAAGCUUCGAGUCCUGGAGGAUGGCAAGCAGCAGGUUCAGGUCGUUGGUCUCCAAGAGAGACAAGUCGGCUGUGCUGAGGAUGUCAUCAGAAUGAUUGAGAUGGGCAGUGCCUGCAGGACAUCUGGGCAGACUUUUGCAAAUGCUAGCUCUUCACGGUCACAUGCCUGCUUCCAAAUCAUACUACGCCGAAGAGGGAAACUGCUUGGCAAAUUUUCCCUGGUGGAUCUGGCAGGAAAUGAGAGGGGUGCAGACACCUCUAGUGCUGAUAGGCAGACACGAAUGGAAGGUGCAGAAAUCAAUAAGAGCUUGCUGGCUUUGAAGGAAUGUAUCCGAGCUUUAGGGCAGAACAAAUCUCAUACCCCUUUUCGGGAGAGCAAGCUGACCCAGGUGCUAAGAGACUCUUUCAUAGGAACAAACUCGAGGACCUGUAUGAUAGCAAUGAUUUCUCCAGGCAUGAGUUCGUGUGAGUACACCUUGAACACCCUGAGAUAUGCUGACAGAGUGAAAGAGCUCAGCCCUCAUAACGGAGGUGGUGAAACACAGAAUCAGAUGGAGACUGAGGAAAGAGAGACCAGCGGAGAAGGCUCAGGUUACAAUCUCCCCAAGGAUGAGGAGGAAGAAAUCUCUCCCCACAUGUUCAACUUUCGUGAGGCUAUGACUCAAAUUAGUGAACGAGAGGAGAAGGUUGUAGAACAGCUUAGAGAACUGAGACAGAGAGUGAUGACUGAACUUGACUACCUCUUGGGAGUCACGGAGCAACCAGACUAUGAUCUUGAGACCUUUGUGAGCAGAGCUAAGCACUUUGUAGACGACAGCUCAAGAAACUUCCGUAGUGUCAGAGAAACGUUGGAUGCCCUGGGGGCUGCCAUGCAACUGGAGGAGCAAGCCAGCAAGCAGAUGAGCUGGCAGAGGCCUUAG